UUUUGAUUUCAUCAAUUUAAAUCUCUUAAUGUAUUGACAACUAGCUGUCAGUCAAUUUCCUGUCAUUGCUAUUUGGUCUGUGCUCCAUGUUUCAUGCCGUUUAUUUAGACAUAUUUCACUAAUCUACAAUGUCGUCAAAUUUAUAUUUUAUUUUAGUUACAUAAAUAUGAGUUAAAUUUGUUGUGUGCAUUUGAAUUUAGUUCAAAAUACUAAAUUUAACUAAGUAAUUUUGAAAUAUUGAGUUAAAAUUUUUUUCAAGAAUUUCUUCUAUAAUGGGUACUAUGUUCUUAGUUUAUUUGUUAGUAUGAACUGUUUAUAAGAAACUUUCUACAAAAUGAAGUGUAAUUUGCGUGAACUCGCUCAUUUGAGCGACCAACCUUGUGUUAUUGAAGGGAGAUUGAAUUAUAAAAAGAUAACGAAUGGCAGUUAUCGACACCAAUCAGUUUUUAAAGAAAGAUGGUUUCGACUUAUCAAUAAUUAUUUAUUCUAUUUCAAAAUAAGUGAAAUGGGCAAAUUUGAUACAAAAAACCCAGCUGGAAUAUUUGUGAUGGAAAAUUCAUCUAUUCAGAUGGAACAUGGUCAAAGCAUACCAUUUUCGUUUUCUAUAUCAUUUAUAGAUGAACCCGAAAAACGGCACCUCUUUGCAGCGCGAGCAGAGGAUAAUGUUGUCCAGUGGGUUAUGAAACUUAGAGAAUGUUCCUAUGAGUACUUGCGUAAUCGCCUUUAUGUACUUCAAUCAAAAAUAUAUUCUAUAACAGGCAAGGAUCCGCUGCUUCUAGUGCCAAGAAAUGAAGGCGCAUGUCUUUGGGCACCUUCGAUCCCUUUCUCCACAACGCCUGCGUGCACUGUGAAUACAUCAUCUUUCAGCUGUCAUCUCCAUACAAAUGGUGCGUUUACGCUUGAAAGAAGUAAAUCUGAUAUACAAGCACAUCGACAUUUUCGCUUAGAGUCUUCUAAGAAAGCAACUUUCUAUACCGGUGAAUAUAAUCAGACCUCACAAAUAAAUGAACACAAAACAAAUGAUAAUUUUGCUUUAGAAAGAAGUAAAACUUCAGCACUAUUUAACGAAAAUCGAAACGCAAUAGAUCCAACAAUUUUUGACAACCGACCACCGUUCUCACGGGCGGCACCUAGUCCUCCAGUUCGGACUAAGUUGUCACCUGCGAGCGCACGCUCCGACACCAACAAUAUAGGCAAAGUGUUUACUGAACAUAGCAAAAUAUUAGCCACGACUAGUAUACUGGAUGAAACACCUGUACCACCUAAACGUAAAGUCUCACCCAAAUAUUUAGAAGUUCGCGACGAUAAAAAAGAGGACAGUAGUAAUAAGCAACUAGAUGUGUCGAAAGAUCUUAUUCAAUUUUAGUAAACAGAUUAUUUGAGUGUAUUAUAUCCCACCUAUUAAAUAAAUUAUAACAAAUAACUUGCCCUGUAAUUAGCAUUUUCUUUUAAGUAAAAUGUGAUACUUUACCUUUUUAAAUCACAGCGGUAAAUUCGACUAUCAUAACAUACAUCACAAAAGGCAAAACAGUCCAGUCAUUUUUUUUAUAUUAUGUAUUGUAUUGUACAAGUAAUGUUUAGGCACAGCAAUUUGGUCACUAAUAAGGAAAAUAUUAUUAUAACUAAUAAGAAUGUAGGUACUACAGUUUGUUGAGUAUGUCAUGUAAAUAGUAAGGCUACCUAUGUGAUUAUGACGGGCCGAACAACGUGGGAUUAUACUUGUUUUAUUUAUUUAAUUAAGUAAUUACUAAUCCUCCGUUUCGGUGUUCCGUACCAAAAUGGAAUGUAAGUAAUGACUGUAUUUGUUAGCCUAUAUAAAUGUGUUGGUUAGAAGUUUGGCAAUUUUUUUACUAUAAGUAAAAGUAAGAACAUUUUUUGUACAGAAACGGGCCGAAAGACAAUUAGUAUUUCGAUUUCACCUUAUAUAAUUAUCGGAGACUUGAAGUAGUUUACGCAUAUUUCUAAAUAGUUAUUUUUUAAUUUAUAUAUUUUCAUGCCAGCUUUUCUGUAUGAUAUAUAUAAUCCAAAUCCAUCGAAAUUUAUAAUCCAAAUAUCCAAAAAGAAUGAAAUAAUAGAGACCAAUUGAUAACGUAUCUGUAAACAUAAAAUAAAUAGUUUAAAUAGUUUUUACAGGAUUAAAAAAAAUAGGAUUGAGAAAAAAAAUUAAGUCGCACCGAUCCUAAUAAUUAGUAUUAAUAAUUAAUAGUUCAACUAUGUAAAAGGAUAUCCGUUUAUAGAUAGGUAUAGUACCUCUGUAUAGGAAUCUGACUCGCACUUGACCGGUUUUUUAUUAUCUAAUGGAAGAUUACUUUCUAAAAAAUUGCCAUUAUGUUUUAGUGCUCAAUAUAAUUAAGUAAAUAACGGAAAGAUUGUAGUAAUCAUAGUUACAAUUUAUUACACAAAGUUAUCUUUUUUAUACUUAAUUAUAUAAUCAAAUAUUUUAGAAUAUCACAGACAAAAACUAUAAACCAAAAAAUUAUAUUAUCAUCAAAAAUAUUCCACUUAUUGUUAGGUGGUUAUAUGUAUUAUUGUUGUAUAUGGUAAUAAUAUUGAAACUUACUAUCAUGUUUCCGUAAAAUAAUAUUGUUUUAGUAAUCUUUAUACUAGCACUUUUUAUUAUUGAUAUAUUUUUGAUUUACCAAUAAUAAAAAGUUUGUGAUACAUUCGUGGUUCCCAGAUUUAUUGUAUACAUAGGUGCAUAAUAAUAUUAUCUGAAUAAACAACAUUAGUGUCAAUAAAUGUGCAGUAAAUGAAAUUAACACAGGACUGUUACAAGUGUCGUAACAAAAAGCAAUGUAAUACUGUCGAUGAUGGAUAAAGCAUUUGAUAGCCGAAUAAUGUCUUUUCGUUCUUCCCAGUGAUUUUAAACGAGAUCGUUGAAUUAAAAAAUAACGUGCUUAUAAAACAUAUAAUUUAUUAGUGCGUACUUAAUAAUCUCUGUGUCACUCUAAAGUUUAUUAACACUGAUAAGAUUUUGUUUUUAAUGAUGAAACGAUUUUGCAGCAAAUUGAAGAAAUUUAUAUUUAUUACGUUUAUAUGGGAAUAUUAUGGAUGGAACAUGGUCGCACAGACGUACUUCUCUAAGAUGGUCGAAUUAAUACUUGGAAUAACUAAGUUUAUUUACUCGCAAUAUCCGUAGAUAACAGUCGACAAUACUUUGUAGUUGUGAUUAAAACUAUAUAGAUAGUAUAAACUUUAUAAAUAAGUUUAUUCGACCUUUUUGAACUGGACAUAACAACAGCUCUCAUAUAAAAAAAAUUUGAAUAAAAAUAUAUAGAUAAAAAAAUAUCAUAAAAUGUUUUUCAUACUGAUUAAGUUAUUGCAAAACAAGAAUAUGCAUGAUCGCAGUUACACGCAGUUACAUUAUAUUAAACUAUCAGUUUAGUACUAUAUGUUGAUUAUUAUGUUGAUAUAUUUUUUUACUUACUAUACAAGUUCUAGGAUUUUAUGCAAAUACAAUAUAUCUUAUAAAUAGGUUAUUAAUUAAUAAAUAUUUAUCUUUUGGUUCAUGUCUGAGUUUUUGUAUCUAUAAUACUAUUUAGUAGAAGUGGCAUUAAAUUCCUCUUUCGCUACUGAAAAUGCACCUAAGUGAAUUAUGUUAUAUAGCCAUCUAAUUGAAUAUUGGAGAUUAAAAUUCGAUGCUUAUAUUUAAUAUAAGAUAAAUCAUCACGACCAAAUCACAUUCAUGGAACUGGUAAUCGGCGCUUGUUUUAGUAGAAAUAGGUACAAUAUCUACUACAAUGUUUCUCUAAGUAUUUAUUUAGUUUUAAUUUUUCGUGUUUAGUACACACACGUUAUUCCAGUCUGCUCGUGGCCACGUCUAGUGAAACAUAAACAAACGAAAUAUGAAAUGAAUCAAAUACCUUGUUUAUUACGAUAUAAUUCGUGAAAUCUCGAAUAAGUCUUAAUUUAAGAACAACAAAUGAAAUCGGAAUGUUUUUACUAAUAAGGUGCUAUUGACUACAGUACUCAAUCAAAAUAAAUAUGAAAUUAACGAGAUUGUAACUACAAUAAUAAUUUUAAAUCACUGUCAAAUAUGAGAUUAUUUAGUUUUAUUGUAGAUAAGCAAGCACAAGGUUCUAUAUUAUAUAAAUAAAUUCUAGUCAAAAUAGUAAUAUAUCUAUCUAUAUUGACAUAGAAAUAAAAAGACAUUCGUUUAAACAUGUGAUAAAUAUGUUUGUGUUUGUACCAAUAGACUUUGUGUAUGUUUUAAAUAUUAAUACAUUAAAUCAUUUUAAAGAGGCUAUAUGGCAAUAAGUCUUUUAAUUUGGUUCGAAAAAUUAAAUAAAUUUGCAUUCAUUUGGUAAUCAAAUUAGAUUCAUGUCCUGGUCACAGGUCAACCCAUUUUUUGACAAAUAUAUCUGUGUCAAAUAUAUAUACAUAUAUUUAAUAAUUUUGCAUCACGGAAGUGACGUGGAACUGAUUAUGGAAUCUAAUUAAAAUAGUAUGUAAACAUUAAUUCGUUCCUUUCACUGUUUUUGAUAAAUUUUUAUACAUCCUAAAAGAUUGUGAUAUGUAAUAUGUAGCUAUAUGUAUAUGUAAUUAUAUGUAUAUUUAUAACUUUUGUACAAUAAAGUGGAUAUAUACCUAACUAAUUUAGCUUGUCUAUUUUGUAAAUCAAUCAGAAAUUUCCGAGCCGAACGAAACAUGAACUAUACUAAUAUCAUGAUAGAAUUACUGUAAUAUAUACAAAUUGGUAGAAAUGGAAUGUUUUGAUCGUUUAUAAUUUUAUACAUUCACUGCAUAGUAUUUAGGACAAUAUUUGCUAUGGUCCUUAGGGUUUACAAUGAAUGAAAUGGUAUCGGUAUGGGGACACGGGUUCCACGAAAUUUGGAUCAGAUACUGUGGAAUUAGAAUGAAAACAUUUCAUGGUAGACCUGCUGUAUAUUUUAAAAAGAAUGUGACUAUGUAGGAUUGAUCCUUUGACAUAUGUAACAAGCUUACAUCUUGUUAGCAUAGUGGUAUCCAUUUUAUUAUUAUCUUCAUGACAGCUCACAUUUGUUACCAACUAAGUUCUUUUAAUGGUCUUUUAUAAAGUAGGUACUAUAGUAAAGUCAUAAGUCGAAAUUUUAACAAUAAUUAGCUAUGGAGGUUAGAAAUACAUAAAUUAAUGUUUAUCUGUUGGCUAUAAAUUAUUUAGUUAUUUCCUUUUCACCUUGCUUUUAUAAGAUAGUUCCUGAAUCGACUAGGUGCAACAGACAACAUUGGUUCAGAUUUUACAAUAACAUAGUGAACAUUCCAGCCCUUGUGCAUUCCGUCAGAGAUCAUGUAAAGAGAGCAGUACCUCUAUCUGAAAUAUCUAAUAAAACAAGUGCUCUAACGAAAAGUGUCUGUUGGAGCAAAUUUCUUUUAGUCUUAGGCAUUGCGAAUAAUACGUGGCUUCUAGUACGAGUUUCUUUGUUUGGCACAACAUAAUUACGUUAGCCAAUAUGAUAGAAUUUUCAAUCUUUCCCCUUAAAAUCUUAAAGACAUGAUAAUCGUUAAAUCCUUCCUCGCCUCCAGUGUAUUGUAUCCCACUAUUACCAGUGUGAACAAAGUAGGGUACAUCAAGGGGAAAAGGGAUAAACGACCUACUGCUUAAAAUACAAAUAUCAUAUUACUUUGUAGGUAUUAACCCAACUU